AUGAGUUUUGACUUUGCGGAUGCACCUCCGGCCGUUGAUACCCGUAAGGAAAAAGAGAAGGGCAACAAAAAGCUCAAGAAUAAGGACCUAUUCAUAAAAAGAUUGGUUCCAAAAAUAUUUGGUGAUGUUGAAGAUGAAAAGGACGUCUCAAAAAAAUUCUCAUCGCGGAAUUUGAAAUCUAUAGUUGUAUUACAUUUGGGAUCAAUGAUGCCUAUCGAAAAGAAGACCAUUAACGAUUUCCAAGAAGCUUUUGAGAAAAAGGUGGAGGUUGUAGUUAAUUGUUUGGGAUUAGGAGCCAAAGAGUUGAUCGAGGAAGAGGAAAAAGAUAGACUCUUUCCUGUUAGCGGACUAGAAUUUUAUAAUUUAAAUGAUUCAAAAUCAAAAUUUUUCUCUAAAACUUAUAAUUUCAAUGAGAUGACUGACUUUACAAAAUAA